GGUGGCAGGGAGCAGCACAACUACAGCACUAAUCGGAAGAUUUUGUACGCCAACAACAAUUCUCUAGCAAUCGGCGGGGGGAGCGUGGAAGAGAAAGGUAGUGGCUUGUUUUCCGCUUCGUCAUCAGUUUCAGUAGCUCCCCAGUUGCAGAACAUCAAGUCACAAGUGGUUGCAUCGGCGUCUGGCAACACGAAUUAUCCCGCAUCGGCCUCGUCUGUCCGCACAAGCCAGGACUUUUUCAACAUGAGCUUCCGCGAAUAUGAGAUGAUUGCACAACGACCUGUUCCCCUGCGCCUCAAUUGUCAUGCAAAAACGCAACUCAAUCUGUUGCCUUAUUGCAAUAGCUUACAUGACAAGUUGCAGCAUCCGAGACAGAACUAGAAUCCAUGGGUAGAUUUCUCAUGUAGUGCACGCAUUUCUGCUCCCAUUUCUGUUGCUGACCCUGCCUUCCAAGUGAGGGAGCGGGGGGAGGUUGUUCUCUCUUUCAUAGCGAAGUGGACGUCUUCGCACCGUCUCCACGGACGGAGAUGAUGACGGCGACGAAUAGCGCCGCGGUGGCGAAAUUGAACGGCGGCGGAAGCAGAAAUCCGCUCGAAAAGUCGGAAUCGCAUGAGAACCUGUUGUCGGACUAGCGUUUUUUUACGCUUUUCUGAUGCAGUACGCAUUUUGUAUCGAAAACCACUAUGCGUUUCUUGAAAGUUGUUUUACAACCACUUGUACAAAAUUUUUUCGCCUCUCACCCAUUUGAAGUUUCAAAAUUUUACAUCAGAACACGACGGACAUGAUACACUGUGAAUGAUUUUAGUUUUAGGUUUCAAUGGCAAGAAUAGAGCGUAAUGCAACACGCGAUUAGGA